UCAGCGCGAGGAAGAAGGGGAAAGAGAGCGGCCCCGGCCCCGGGAACAACAUCCAAACAUCACCGAUACAUCACCGCAAUAACACCGCGCUCUCAGCGGAGCAGCCCCGCCCCGGACCCGGACCCGGACCCGGUAACUAUCACCGGGGUGUAAUUCCCCCUCAGGGUUGAGACUUCCUGCUACCAUGAGCAACAGGCACCAGUUGCGGCCAUACACUUCAAUUGGUGAAAUUAAUCAUGUUCACAUUCUGUCUGAACAUGUUGGAGCGUUGAUACACCGUGAGGAGUAUAGCGAUGUCACAUUCCUCGUGGAGAAGAAACGGUUUACAGCCCAUCGAGUGAUUCUGGCUGCUCGUUGUCAGUAUUUCAGGGCGUUAUUAUAUGGUGGAAUGCGUGAGGCACAUUCGCAGGCUGAAAUCCCAUUGGAGGAUACCCCAGCAGAGGCAUUUACAAUGCUCCUGAAAUAUAUUUACACAGGCCAAGUCACACUCAGUAAUGAAAAAGAAGAAAUAUUGUUGGACUUCCUCAGUCUUGCCCAUAAAUAUGGAUUCCCAGAGCUGGAAGAUGCCACGUCAGAGUAUUUGUGUACCAUCCUCAGUAUUAAUAAUGUCUGUAUGGUUUAUGAUGUGGCCAGUCUUUACUGUCUACACAAGCUUUCCAGUACCUGCUGUCUCUACAUGGACAGGAAUGCAAAGGCAGUUCUCAGUAGUGAGGGCUUCCUGUCUCUCUCUAAGGCAGCCCUGCUCAAUGUUGUCUCGCGAGAUUCUUUUGCUGCUGCAGAGAAAGACAUUUUCCUGGCUUUAAUGGACUGGUGUAAACUCAAUCCAAACGAGAAACAUGAGGAGAUUAUGAAGGCAGUCCGCCUCCCCUUAAUGAGUUUAACAGAACUGUUGAAUGUUGUAAGGCCGGCAGGUCUGCUGUCCGCGGAUACCAUUUUGGAUGCCAUCAAGAUUCGGUCAGAGAGUCGUGAUAUGGAGCUGAACUACAGGGGGAUGCUCAUUCCUGAAGAGAACAUUGCUGCAAUGAAAUAUGGAGCCCAGGUUAUUGGAGGCGAGCUGAAAGCAGCCUUGCUUGAUGGUGACACGCAGAAUUACGAUCUUGACCACGGCUUCUGCCGACACCCAAUUGAUGAGGAUUGUCGGUCUGGGAUCGAGGUGAAAUUGGGCCAGGCAUCAAUCCUGAAUCACAUUCGCAUGCUGCUGUGGGACAGGGAUAGUCGGUCAUAUUCCUAUUACAUCGAAGUGUCGAUGGAUGAGCUAGAUUGGAUUCGGAUCAUCGAUCAUUCCAAUUACCUGUGUCGCUCCUGGCAGAACUUAUUCUUCAUUCCCCGUGUCUGCAGGUAUAUCCGCAUCGUUGGAACACACAACACUGUGAACAAGGUAUUCCAUCUAGUCUCUUUCGAAUGUAUGUUCACCAAUAAGCCCUUCUCAUUGGAUUCUGGGUUACUGGCUCCCACAGAAAACGUGGCCACAGUUGGUGCCAGUGCCACAGUAACGGAAGGAGUCAGUCGCACUCGAAAUGCACUAUUAAAUGGAGAUACAAAGAAUUACGAUUGGGAUUCUGGUUAUACCUGUCAUCAGCUGGGAAGUGGAGCGAUUGUGGUUCAGCUAGCACAGCCUUUCAUGAUCGGGACCAUGAGGUUACUGCUGUGGGAUUGUGAUGAUCGAAGCUACAGUUUCUAUAUUGAAGUCUCCAACAACCAGCAGCAGUGGAGGAUGGUGGCAGAUCGCACCAAAGUUACAUGCAGAUCAUGGCAAACUAUCAGCUUUGAGUUGCAGCCGGUGGUGUUUAUCAGGAUCGUCGGGACCUAUAACACAGCCAAUGAGGUAUUCCAUUGUGUGCACUUUGAGUGUCCAGCAGAAAGGAGUGUCCAGCAGGAAGCAAGUGCAGACCCAUCAGGAGCAAGUGCUGAAGCAGGACAUCGAUCUGGGACACCAACUCACUCUGUCCCCAACCCAAGCGACAGAAUGCAGUGUAGCCACUGAGGUCAGAGAAUGGAUGGCCCGAAUCAUUUUUGAUCAUCACCUGAAGUACAUUGAGACUGGUUCCAAUCAAGGUACAGCCCUGUUUUUACCCAUUUGUACUGCAAGCAACAUUGGUCAGCCCUGCCUCUCUGAUGAACAUGUGUCUGUUCAAACCAUUUCCUGCACCAUGUGUAAUCAGUGCAGUACAAAUUGUCGUGUCGAGAUCAACCAUCCAGUGAGUUGGAGGAAAAGGAUUGAGAGUCCUGCUCUCAGUGAUGAAGUUUACAUUGUCAGAGAUUUAACAAAGUACUGCAGAGACUGAAACAGAUUCCAUCUCCGUUCAGUGUGUGUUUCUCCUGUAGCCUUGCAGUGUCAAAGGGGAAAGAUUCCACAGACUGCAUCAAUGGAGAAUUCAAUCGACCCAGUCUUACAGAGAUGGACUAAUGGUUACAGCAAGAAUGAGCCUGAGGACUAACUUGCAAGUGUACCUCGCUGAUUAUGGGAAAUUCAGACACUGCUGCCGAAAUCCUUCAAGAGUUUACCUUUUCCCAGUCUCACUCAUUUACCAAGCACACUGUCAGACCAGCUCCAAUUUUAACCCAGUUAAAUGUUGGGAAUUGGAUUUGUGUUACAGACCCAAUCAAGACAAGUUGGGAUCUGGCUGACAAUGAGUUACUUUCUUCUGAAUUGUUGAAUUUGGGUGGGUUUAAUUUAAGACGCUGAUUGAUGUGUCAUUUCGAUGAAUAACUGCUAAUGAGGCAUGACUGCACAUGAUGUCAAUGUUAUUGUUCAGGAUAGUUUGGCUCCUGUGCUAGUCUAGGAAGUGUAUUUAUGUUUUGUAAAGAGUACCAGAUCUUCCCAUUGAACUUUGGGGUCAUUGUGAAAUAUGAGCUCUUGGAAAUUAUUUGAAUUCCAACCGAGUCAGUGCUGAGACAAGGGCACGGGUAUCGCAGACGUGUUCUGUCCUGAGUUUAUGUACUGUCACCAUAUUGAACUUGCUAAAAUAACUCACCGCUACAUUCAUUCAAAUAGCACUACGUUCACUUGCAAGUUCUGAGAUAGAGUAGCAAAUUAAAAAAGUAUUUCUUGUCUAUUCAGUGGGUUUAUCCUAAUAAAAAAAACAUGAA